UAUUUAUCAUUGUAACCCUUCGCUGUGUGUAGGAUCACCUAAACUCCAACUCAGAAUUAAUUCAUGUACACUCCCUGUAGCUAAGGACGCAACGCACGCUGUUCUCACAAAUGAUAUACUACGCUGUUUUCUUCCCCUCCCGCACGAGAAUAAGAAAAAUGCUCUUUUGUAUCAAGAAAUAUAUGUACACACUUGAAGUCGACAGGCUCCCAGGGUUCUGAAUAUCCAUGUUUUCACGUCGACAUGGGUAGUAGAGUGCUCUUUGAGAGUCAUAUACCAAGACUCCCACCCACCUUUCCUGUAUCAAUCGAUGCAAAUGUAAGAUAUUCGUCGCAUUUCUCAACAAACACCGGGCGGGGAAGCCCUACCAGCGUAUGCACAAGAAGCAAGGGGUACGCUAAUGUAUACGCAUCCGACAUCUUACUCAAGCGCGGUAUACAUAUCCAGCUCCCGCCCGUCUCUACGCCUCUUCUCGAUAGGAUCAGCACGCAUCUCUACGCCAGGACCGACGCGACGCGAGGACCGUCCACUCGGGAAUAUCUAUUCCAUUCAAAUAACAUGUGUCAGCAAAAACCCCAAAAAUCUUCCAACAUAAUAUCUCCUCCGCCU